AUGAAGCUUCUGUCCCAACAACCAUUGCGGGGUACCAAGCGGUUCUUUAAUCUACGAUGGUCCACCAUCGGUCGACCAACGUCGGUAAAAAUCCGAAUCAACCAAUUCGAUGGCAGCUUCCAUCAGGCGAUUGCCCCCGUGUUGUGUCUAGGGCAAUGCAUCGCUCUCAUGCCGGUGGUUAACAUUUGUAGCCGGAACUUCCGGAAUGUCCGAUUCAAGCUUUGUAGCUUCCGGUUGUGGUACUGUUUGGGGUAUCUUACGAUGGGUGGAAUUUACUCGGUUUUAACCUGUCGUUGGUCCAUCAAAAAAGGCCUCAACAUCACUAAUCUGUCCGACGUCGUAUACAUCUUGGUGGUCUAUUUGACGGCCAUUUUCUUUAUGCACGUUGCCUUCAAGUGGCCAAAGGUGCUGAGGGAAUUUGGUAACUGCGAAAAGUUACUGCUGCAGGAACACUACAACCACGUGGUCAACCGAUAUAUGGGCUGGAAUCUGAGUUGGAAGAUUCGGUCGAUUGCGGCUGGCAUACUGGGGCUGGCCGUCAUCGAGGACUCGUUGAGCUACUUUUCCGCUUAUCAGAGCAACGAGAUACAGAUUGCGUUCUGUAAUCGGACCAACGUGACGUUUUGGGAAAAUUUUUACCUUAGAGAACAUCCGCAGGUGUUUUCGAACAUACCGAUCAAUUUUGGGACCAUUCUGUUGGUUGAGUGGGUCAACAAAAGCAUGCGUUAUGCCUGGACUUAUCUGGACAUCUUCAUCAUCUCGUUCAGUAUGGCGGUGCAAUUUCGGUACGAUCAGAUCUAUCACAGGUUGGCGGCCUUGGAGGGCCGUAGCUAUCCGGCCACCUUCUGGAGGGACACCCGACUUGAUUACGUGGCCGUUUCUCGGCUGGUCGCAUUCAUCGAUGACACCUUCGGCCAUUUGAUUUUGCUUGCCUGUGCCAACGAUAUGUUUUUCAUUGCGACACAACUAUUCAACGGAUUUCAGCAACGUCCGGCGUUUGCGACCACCAUCUACUUCUGGUACUCGCUGAGUUUGCUCAUUUUCAGAACGAUUUGUAUGCUGUACGUAGGGUCCGGGGUACAGGUGGCAUCGAUGAGUCCGUUAAAUAUUUUGAGAAACGUUCCCUCAAAAAUUUGGGGAUUGGAUUUGCAGCGUUUGGUGGACGAUGUGGCGUCCGGUGAAAAUGUCCUUUCUGGAAAGAAAUUUUUCUAUCUCAAGAGGCAAAUCAUUUUAGCGAUGGCCGGAACGCUGGUGACCUACGAGCUGGUACUAAUGGAUCAGGUGAAACAAGCCCCCGAUCUCACCAAGGAUUGCUCCAUCUUCUGGAUCACUAACUAACUAGGUGCACCUGUUCGCAUUCGCAACAUUAUAGUUUAGUCUCUAGUCGAAAGAGUAAAAACCACAAUUUUAUCCAGCAUAACAAGCUGUUUGCAUGCAAUCAUUGUACCAAAGCUGGUAUUU